AUGAAGAACGCCCUCGAUACGUGCACGAACUGUGGGAACCUGUGCGAGAAACGACUAUGCAAGAGGUGCCAUAUGGCUACAUACUGCAACGCCGAGUGUCAAAAAGCACAUUGGCCUUCGCAUAAGAAGAUAUGUGCAGUGCUGAAGAUCGCUAAACAUCUUACUCCUACGCAGUCGGAGACUUUUGCUGCAUCGCAACGUCUAAUGCAACUUGUGGCGCUCGCAUUCUACGACGGACGGCGAAAAGAUCCUCAUGUCUAUCGUGUAUGGAUCGAGAGAAUGAUAUCCACGCUGCUCAAACUUGAUGAUCUGGAUGACGGUAAGGCAACGGUCACGCCGGAGAUUGAGCUGGACUGGCGUCUCCUUCCGAAGGGCGAAUCCUUUGUACUGCAACUUGAAUACUGCCUGCUGCAUGGGAGAGGCCAUCCCGUGGUCCGAGCGAACGCUUCUGCUCGGAAGAUCAUGUCCGAUGAGAUUGCAACGUUGCGUGAAGAUAUCGCCAAGAUCGAACGCGUUGAUCGGCGCGGCAAGGGCGAGACAGGAUGCGUUAUCCCCGUCAUCAGCGUCGGCAUGGACUACGCCAACUCUCUGUCGGAGAUCAACUUCUUGCCUAUGACUAUCCUAGCAAGCGACGCGAAAAGGCAUAUGGAGGUGGUAGAGAGCAUACUGGCAGUUCCCGAGAAGCCCACACCUGGGUGGCGCCUGAGAGGGUUAGCACAAUCAUUGAAUGAAGCCCUUGCAAGCGACCCACAGUUUUGUUUCUCGGCAUGUUGUUAUCUAUCUCCACUGUCCUUCAUAAUCCAAUUCUGUCCGCUUCCAUAG